CUGCUUUCAUUGUUAAUAGCUGUUGUGUUUACCGCUUACAAGCACACGGUUCUGUCUUGCUGUCUAAUUUCUGAAAAAUGAAUUGCUUCUCCGUGACAUUUUUCUUAGUUUUAAUUAUUGAUAUCGUGUCCUUAUUGGAAACUACAAAAGAGCAACCAAAGGAGACAAGCUCAGUGACUGCGUCUUAUAAAAUAUCUCACAACGACUAUCACCCAACUCCUGACACUUGGGACACGAAACAGGACAAAAUGAUGAAGUCAUUGUGGGUCUAUCGACCACCUUCAUUGCAGACUCAACUAUUGGAAGACCAUGAUGUUGAACAAGUGGCCUACAAAGCCCCCCAUUUGCUGACGAAGCUCGCCAAGCCGUUUGAGUUCGGUGCUGAUCCCUAUUUUAGUAAGGGAUACUUUGAACCCUUCGAAAGAAGACACAGACCAGUCACGCUUGUGGCUUUUAGAAAAAAUGGAUACAUGCCACGUAGAAGUGUGAUAAAACGUGAGUCGUCUGAAAUAGCGGAACUUCAAUCACCUUACAAUGAAAUUGGAAGACUGUGGCAGGAAGAGCCAAGCGUGUACAGUACUUAA